AAUUAAAGUGUCACACUCACAACUCACAAUAAAAUCAAGAAUCAUAUCCCUAUUUUACAAAUAUUAUGGCGGUAAACUUCAACAACCAAUCUUUCUUCUUCUUCCUUCUUGCCACCUUAUCUCUCCUCCCACUUAUCAUCUCCGACAACCCUUCACCACCACCACCACCACCACAAACCACCGUACCACCACCACAAACCUACCCCCAAUGGCCACCAAAACCUACAAAUCUUGAACCAAGAAAACCCUUAGGAACAUGGGCUCUUCUCCAACGCAGUAUAGGCAUCUCCGCCAUGCACAUGCAACUCCUCCACAACAACAAAGUUGUCAUCUUCGACCGGACCGAUUUCGGCCCCUCGAACCUCAGUCUCCCUUUCGGCGAAUACUGCGGUAUUCGCGACGAAUUCCUUCGCCCCGAUUGCACCGCUCACUCCAUCCUAUACGACGUCGCUUCCAACUCUUUCCGCCCACUUUACGUCCAAACCAACGUCUGGUGCUCCUCCGGCGCCGUCAACCCCACCGGAACCCUUGUCCAAACCGGCGGUUACUUCUCCGGCGACCACAAAAUCCGCUUGUUCACCCCUUGCAACGAUGAUUCUUGCGAUUGGGUUGAAUUAAAACGGAAUUUAACCGUUCAAAGAUGGUAUUCUUCCAACCACAUUCUCCCCGACGGGAAUAUUAUUAUUGUCGGUGGCCGGAGAGCGUAUAACUACGAGUUUUUCCCGCGAAACCCGAUCGGUUCGGGUUCGUUAAGCUUCUUUAAUCUCACUUUCUUGUGGGAAACAAAUGAUUAUCUAGAGGAGAACAAUUUAUACCCGUUUUUACACGUUUUACCCGACGGAAACCUCUUCGUUUUCGCGAACCAACGUUCGAUUUUACUCGAUUACGUCUCGGGUCGGGUCGUCCGUGAGUUCCCGCCGCUCCCGGGCGAAAAACGGUCGUACCCGUCAACCGGGUCGUCGGUUUUGCUCCCGAUCACAAUUCACGAAAACGGGCUACCGAUUUCCGAACCCGGGUCGGGGUCGGGGGCGGUGGAGGUGAUGAUAUGUGGCGGGGCCCAAGGCGGGUCGUUCCCGAUGGCGGAGCGUGGGGUCUACAUGGCGGCGUCAAGGACGUGUGGACGGAUGAGCGUCACAGACGCUCAUCCGUACUGGGUAAUGGAAAAAAUGCCUUUGAGAAGAGUAAUGCCGGAUAUGAUAUUGUUACCAAACGGUGACGUUUUGAUUAUUAAUGGAGCCGGUCGAGGAACCGCCGGUUGGGAGAAUGCGGUUGAACCGGCUUUGCAUCCGGUUUUGUAUGAACCGAGGAAGAGGUUAUUCACUGUGCUCAACCCCACGAGAAGACCUAGGAUGUACCACUCAUCCGCUACAUUACUGCCAGAUGGCAGGAUCUUAGUGGGUGGGAGCAAUCCACACGUGGCAUAUGAGUUUAGUGGAGUUAACUACCCAACUGACUUAAGCUUGGAGUCUUUUUCCCCUCCUUAUAUGGAUGAAAGGUAUGCUUAUUAUAGACCGGUAAUCUCAACCGUUGAAUACGAUGUUGAUGAGAGUAUAUCCUACGGUCAGUAUUUCGCGAUCGCGGUUACCAUGAGUUUGAGUGGUGUGGAUCGACGGGUAAUGGUAACGCUUGUUGCGCCAUCGUUUACUACUCAUUCGUUUGCGAUGAACCAACGGGUGUUGGUUUUGUAUGUCGAUGUUGUGGAGCAAGUGUCGUUGUUUGAGUAUAGGGUGACGGUGCGCGCGCCCUUAUCGCCUAAUGUUGCACCCCCCGGGUAUUAUAUGUUGUUUGUCGUGCACGAUGGGAUCCCUGGUCAUGCGGUUUGGGUCCGGUUGCAUUGAUGUUGUUGUUACUCUUUGUUUUGAGUUCAUAAUUCUUUGGUUUUGUAAGUGGAUUUGUUGAAAUAGAGAAUUAGUUUUGGAAUUAGAUUUU